AUGGCACGAUCUCACAAUAAAUUCGUUAAACAUAAUGGCUAUACAUCAUCUGAUGAACACUAUCGGAAAGAAUAUAGAAAAUCAGAUAGAAAAGCCUUUAGAAAAACAAGUAGAGAUGUAUUCACGAAUGAUAUCAUAUCAAUAGUUAACAAAUUAGAUGAAAUAAAACCAUCUAAACCUGAAAGGCAUGUUAUGUGUCCAAUGUGUCAAGCCAUUUGUGAGAGACAUUAUAAAGAAAUUGAUCUUACUUAUGAAAAUGGUAUAAUUGACCAUGUAAAUGAAGAAAUUAAGGUUCAAAAACAAAAAAUUAAGCAACAAUCAAAAGAGGAAAAAUUUAUUCAAAUGUGCAAAUCAAGAUCAGAGCAUAAAAAGAAGAAAAUUAUUAAGAAAAUAGAGAGAAAUGGUGGAUUGAAUGAAUUAUCAACUAAUCAAAUUAAUUCCAUCGUUCAUUCAAAUACUACAAAUAAUAAUACUGAGAUUAUUUCAGAAAGUGAUGAAACUGAUUCUGAAACUGAAUUACAUUUAGAAAAGUUAAAGAGGGAAAAACUGAAAAAACAAUAUCUUUACAAAUGUUCAGCAAAGGAAAUUGAAAGGUAUGAUGAAAAGCAAAGUCCUCAAGUUUUUAAAUUUGUUAGAAAAAUGAAAAAUAAAUAA